UUCCACACAAUAUACUUGGGUAUCCGGAGCCGACGGAGUGGAGAGAAUGACAGAUGGCGGUUUUAUUGGAAAAUGGUGUAUGAGUAUGCAGAUGUGAGUAUGCUGCAUUUGCUAGCCACGUUUCUGGAAAGUGCACCACAGCUGGUCCUGCAGCUCUGUAUUGUUGUACAGACUCGUACACUCCAGGCUCUCCAAGGUCUUACUGCUGCAGCAUCUCUUGUAUCCCUGGCUUGGGCUUUGGCUUCCUACCAAAAGGCCCUCCGUGACUCCCGUGAUGACAAGAAACCCAUCAGUUAUAUGGCUGUUAUAAUCCAGUUUUGCUGGCAUUUCUUCACAAUUGCAGCAAGGGUUAUUACUUUUGCUCUGUUUGCCUCGGUUUUCCAGCUGUACUUUGGGAUCUUCAUCGUGCUGCACUGGUGCAUCAUGACCUUCUGGAUCGUCCACUGCGAGACAGAGUUUUGCAUCACUAAAUGGGAGGAGAUAGUUUUCGACAUGGUUGUUGGGAUAAUCUAUAUCUUCAGCUGGUUCAAUGUCAAGGAAGGAAGGACACGCUGUAGGCUUUUCAUUUACUAUUUUGUGAUCCUUUUAGAAAACACCGCCUUGAGUGCUCUCUGGUAUCUGUACAAGGCCCCACCAAUCUCUGAUGCAUUUGCCAUACCAGCACUGUGUGUAGUGUUCAGCAGCUUUUUAACAGGCAUUGUUUUUAUGCUAAUGUACUAUGCCUUCUUUCACCCCAACGGACCAAGGUUUGGGCAGUCGCCAAGCUGUGCUUGUGAGGACCCUGCCGCUGCCUUCACCUUACCCUCAGAAGUGGCAACAAACACUCUACGGUCCAUCUCCAACAACCGGAGUGUCACGAGCGAGCGAGAUCAAAAAUUCGCGGAGAGGGAUGGGUGUGUGCCCGUGUUUCAGGUGAGACCCACUGCACCCUCCACACCUUCAUCCCGGCCACCAAGGAUUGAGGAGUCUGUCAUUAAAAUCGAUCUGUUCAGGAACAGGUACCCAGCGUGGGAGAGACACGUGUUGGACAGGAGCCUGAGGAAGGCGAUCUUAGCAUUUGAAUGUUCCCCUGCUCCUCCACGGCUACAAUAUAAAGAUGAUGCCCUUAUCCAGGAGCGCUUGGAGUAUGAAACCACAUUGUAAACAAAACAAAAACACAGCUUGAGGAAGCUCCGACGUUACAGUCCAAAUUAAGGGUUGACAGUAGGGUUGUAGGAAUAACUAAACUGUGUACUACAAGUAGAGCAGCAAGCUGUAGUGUUCUUAGUCUGGCUAUCAUCAUGAUUAUCAUUUGAUCCACUGUGUGCAGUCUUUCUGCAAGACACUGAUACAGCCACAUCACCUGAAAGCCUCAGAAAAGCCCAAAUCCUGACCCACACAGACAGAUCAGUUACUUCAGCUGGGGAGGCUCACCCAUGACUCCUUGCUGCUAUGAAACUCUGACUGCACAGUACUUACAAUCAAACCGAUAGGAAGGCUCUGACCAGAGCUUUCAACUUCAGCCAGUAGUGCAUUUUAUUUUACAAAUGAAUGAUUGAUAUUUGCAUAAUCAAUGGCAAAAACAAACAAAAAAACUUUUCGAAAAGAACAGAACUGUAGCACUCAAUGUUGCUGUUACGAAAACUGUUUUCUGGGGAAAAAACAGGAGCACAGUAGUCUUCAACACUCCCAUAAAUCAACCAUUCAGAUUAGAAUAGGUUUGCAAAAUAGUUCUUAAUUGAAAAGAUAUAUUGUCAUGUUUGUAAGGCUGUCAUUGGAAAAUAAAUUAAAUUCUGAUUAAUUAGGUCAUAAACAUUAAUACUACCAGAACUGUUUGUUUUCUGUGGAAUUUCAGAGUCUUUUAAAAUGCAGUUUAAGUUCUUUAUGUUACUUUCAGCAGAAAUCCUAUGCAGCUAAUUCUGGUUUUCAGGAGGAAUAAGGAGCUCUAGCACAUAGUGAUGUAAAUUAAAUGAUAAUCAUGAUUCAGUGUUCAAUUUGCAAAAAAAAAAAAAUAUAUACAUGUAAAAGAACAGGAAAGUAUAGUUUUCGUAUUCUAAACUUUUUGGAGGACCCCAUUCAGAUAUUUCGGAAGAAACUACAAGGAGAUGAACACACUGAAACUUCUCUGUUUCAGGACUGAGAAAGCAUGAUUCAGUGUGUGAAUGUAUGCAGGGGUGACAAGAGACUGCGACAUGCCAUACCCUUCUAGUGCCAAACAUUGUAUAACUGCAAGGUUGAUAUUUCCUGAGGGACAGAUAACGAGUGGCACGAGCCCUACCAGAACAAGAAGCAGGAAAGACCAAUCAAGUCCUCAACAUGUAGAGACAGCUCUUAUUUUUCCCACCCAAGGUGAAAAUGAUGUCUUUUAAAGGCUUUGAGCCACCUCUUAGUAAGUAUAUUCACCGAAGUAUAGUAUAAGCAAGUUAUGUGGAAGACCCUCUUCUGUCUGUUCAAGACUUGUGUCCAGAUACGUCUAAAAAUUACAUUGAAUCUCUUGUAAUAGAGUGCUUUUGCUGCAAGCUUUUGGGUUUUGAAUACCUCCCUAAAUCUAGUCAAUGGUAUCCUCAUUUAUGUUAAAAGUAUCCCCUGAUGGUGCUUUCAGAUGCAUUAAAGGUGCAACUCAAAAUUUGACAGUAUUUUUUUUAAAGCUGGUGCAGAGUGAAAAACUCAUGAAUUAUUUCAAUAUUUUUGUAAAGUAAAAAUAUGGUAUAAAAAGGUUACUUUUUAUAAACCUCAACUGUUUUAAUACAUUUCAUUCUCUUUAUAGCUUAGAUUUUAAGAAUUGGUCCAUGAAUUUUAUCAACUGACUUCUGCAGGUUGAAAUAAACCUGGUUUUCACACAUUAUGGAUUUGUUUUGCAGUGUAAUGCCAUAUGAAAGCCUACAUGGGUACUUUUAGAACACUCUAUAAACCAUGGAUCCUGCUUCAAAUGUAAGUGGCUUAUAAAGACACCAAGCGAUUCUGUGAGAAACAAUUUGCUAUGACUAUUUCCAUCCGUUUUAGGAGAGCGAAGCAGAACUGAAGAGUUACUGUUGUAAAUGGCAUUGUCAGGAUGGAGAAGACCUGAUGAUUGGUAUUGUAACCUUCGCUGUCAGGUAUAUCCAGUGUAGUCACUGCUGUAUAUGCUGCUGGGUAAAUUUCAGUCUUUCCUGUUAUUAAUAUUUGUACUAUGAAAAGGCCAAGGUUACACAACCUAGAUUUAUUUGUAUGCGUUCAAUUAGCCAUUUUUAAUGUUGACUUUUUUUAUUAGUGAAAUGUUCGAUACCCGUUGUUCUUUGCCGGGGCGAGUUCCUCAAAACAAAACAUCUGUGGAAGUGCAGGAAUCUGCAAGUCAGAGGGAACUUUACACAGAUCGGAAAACAUCCAUGCUUCAGGGCUUUCUUAGGUAUCUUGAAACCAAGCAGUGGCCAACUGCCUCUAUAAUAAUUUUUUUAAUAAAAUAGUCCUUUGAUAGUCCAAACCUGAAGCUUUGUACAAAGUGAUUGCCCUUCGCUCCAUGGAGAUAUAGCUGAUCAUUCAGAGAAAAGCACUCAUAUUUUGUCAGAAAAUAUACCACUGCAAGAACUGCUAAAAAAGAUUUUUGGGAGCAAGUUCUUUGUCCUGUCAAAUUCAGUAGAGCCUUCGCUCCAGGAUCAAAUGCUAGCACGCACAAGGAAAUUGCUGGUUUUCUUUACGAACAGGGCGAAUGGUAAAAUUUAUAAUCCAAGAUGUUUCUUUUGGAAACAGUUCCAUGUGUUUGCUGCUGCUUUAACAACCCAGAAAUUUUAACGUGAGUGAGGCACUGCGGGCAGCACUGUCGAGCCCUUUGGUCAGAAUUGAAGAAACGUUGCUUCAUACAGAAUUUAAAGGGUUAUGGUUUGGACCAGUGCUUGCAUUGCAAGGUUUAUGAAGAAGGUUUGGUGUGAGUUUGUUUUGCUCUUGUUUGGUUUUGCAAGGAAGGACACAGAGGUGUUAUUUAUCCAUGUGGUUUUUAAUAUCUAGCAUUGACUUUCUUUACUCUCACAGCAUUUUUUAUUUUUUUAAUAAUGUUUGUAAAUUUAUCUUAAGCGAACUACUGCAGGGUCUGAGUGCACAGUGCCGUACGUGGCAGCACGUAUACACAGCUUGUCCUCAGAAUUCAGUCUGGCUGUUUGAGGAAAGGGGAGAAGUCUUUUUAUACCAAGUCAAAAUUUCCUCUCCAAAAUCUUGCUCUGUUAUCUUCAUAAUGUCAGUGAUACUUGCACUGAAAACAAGAUGGCUACUGAUAUCUUAAUGCUCAGAUGAUUACGUGGACAAUUUCUUAAUUUGCUUUGCUGUGAACAGUCGCAUUAAAAGCUAUAAGAAUUUUUUAUAGAAGUUGUCAAGAUUAAACGUAGUCCAUGCUGAAAUCCCAUAAUGGCCUUACGGACAGUUAAUAAUCAAUAUGCACUAUUCUUUUUACCACAGACAGUUUUAAGAUCUAUUAAUAAAAUUCAAUUAAGACAGCAAUAGCAAAAAACAGAAUUGUAAAAAUAUUAACUUCUGCUUUUGAAAUAACAAAAAAAAAUCAGGUCUUUGAAAUUUCAUUCCAGAAAAACAUGAAAAUUAAAAAGUUCAUUAUUAUGUUCUAGUAAAGAAAAGCAAUCACAUCUCUUUGUUAGAAGUAAGGGUCAUGUAAGUAUUGCUCUAAUGAAUCAAACAAAUUUGCCAUCAGAUUUAACAGUAACUUAUCUGGUUGAAGACUUGGUCUUAAAAUUUUGAGAGCUGUGGAUUUGUAUGUUACAGAAAAGACAAUUUAAGUAGUAUUCACUACUCUAAUUAGAAAAAGAACAGGUAAUGUAUGCCCAUGUUCAUUCAGAAAACAUAAGAAAAUGUAAGAUAAACCUUUGUCUUAUUUUAAAAGAAAUUUGUUCUAUAAUAAUAUAAUCUUUUUUUAAAAAAAAAUGAAUUCUUUGAAAAUAUGUGCAAUACUUUUUUCAUGCAGGUUUAAUAAUGA